AUGCUGCUUGGUCAUAAAGUUGUUGUUUUGGUACACUAGGUUUUAAUUUUUAAGUGUUUUAAAAAGUUCCGCUCUCGAGAUUCCUCACUUGGAAUGCAGACUAGCUUUAAAUAGCAGCCUGAGAGUUAACUGAUCAGCGACAUUACGAAUUGAAACUGAAAUCUGACACCGCUGCGUCGAGCCGGCGCUACAGCUAACGCUAACUUCUCUCGCCUGCGUUUUCUUCAACGAGUCUGCUACUGUACACCGUUUAUACAUUCGACGAGGAACAAGCAGUCUCUAAUCUAAUUUAGUUCCCGCGGUGUUAUGUCUAUUUUUUUGUAGACCUUAGAACAAUGCUGUCUUCUUCUUCCUAGUUAAUGUAGGUGUAAACUUUAAACGACGUCAGAGCGGCUGCUUGUUCUUCAUUAGUUGAUGUAGCUGAGCAGCUAGCUGGACAUUUAGGUGUUCACCCGGCGUCUAGUUUUCUAUCUUACGCUAGGCUUGCUACAGUUACUUCAGUCUGUCGGUGUUUUUAACCUUAAUAAUUGACCAUAUAUCAGCCAGCAACAUUUAAGUCACUGUUAUCUGAAUUUAGCGGGAUAACAUGCCUCAGAAGCGGCGGUCACAAUCUUGGGCAGAGCUGAAACAAGCUGGCAACGACUGCUUUAAGACCGGACAAUAUGGAGACGCCAUCUCUCUGUACAGCCAAGCCAUCGAGGUGUUGAAGAAAUCGGGUCAGAAGAACCAGGAAGAUCUUGGUAUUUUAUAUUCAAAUCGGGCUGCGAGUUACUUGAAAGAUGGAAAUUGCAGUGAAUGCAUUAAAGACUGCACAAUAUCUUUGGAACUGGUUCCAUUUGGGAUUAAAUCACUUUUACGCCGUGCUGCAGCUUAUGAAGCUAUGGAGAGAUACAGACAAGCCUAUGUAGACUAUAAAACAGCCUUACAGAUCGACUGCAACCUGCCUGCAGCUCAUGAUGGAACCAACAGAAUGACAAAGGCACUGACUGAGAUGGAUGGACCAGAUGGAUGGCGAGAAAAGCUUCCUCCUAUCCCAACUGUUCCCAUGUCAGUAAAAGAGAAAUUUUUGCGAACUACAAAGUCAACUGUGAAUGCACAGCCGAACAACCUAAAUGGAAAUAAACAAAUGAGUGGUGAUGUGAAAAAGGCCAAACUGCUAAAGGAGGAGGGGAAUGCAUUUGUGAAGAAAGGACAGCAUAAGAAAGCAGUGGAUAAAUACACACAGUCUCUCAGCCAGGACCCCACUGAAGUCACAACCUACACAAACAGGGCUCUGUGCUAUCUGUCACUACAAAUGUAUAUGGAAGCAGUGAAAGACUGUGAAGAGGCUCUUCACCUGGACCCAUUCAACAUUAAAGCCCUGUACAGACGUGCACAAGCACACAAGGAGCUUAAGAACAAGAGAACUUGUGUGGAAGAUCUCAAUAGCUUGCUCAAAAUAGAGCCCUACAACGCUGCUGCACAGAAGCUACUACAAGAAGUACUGAAGAUGAAAUAAUAUUUUUUUGCAAAGUGCCUCAAGUUAACCCAAUUCUCAGAUCUGCGCCACUUCUUUGACACAUUCAGACUUGUUACUUAAAGAUCACAGUUUUAUUAGUGGCAUAACGUAAUUUCAUAUGCUCAAAUGUAUUGAAUCAUCUUCCUAUUCUUUAAAUUUUUGGGGUGUAUUUGUGGCAGAGGCACCUCAACACAACAAAUAUACACAGUCACGACUAUGAGAAAUGCACUCAAUUGUCUAGUCUUAUUAACUGUUUAAAACAGCAAGGAGUUAAAUAAGGGUUUGUUGUGCAGUUAAUGUAUACUUUUUCAUUACAGUACAGGGUUUUGUAUAUUUCAGUGUUCAGAUACAUUUAAAUCUUGUUAGAUCAGUUCAGUCCAUAUUGGCUAGCUUAAGGGAAAUCAAAUUCCUACAUGUAAACCCCCUCAGUUAAUUAAGCAUAUUUACUUGUUUGCUUACAAAUAGCUCUGACAGUAACUUGCAGUUGAUAGUCAACAACAACCCUUAUACAUUUUCCAACUUGGUAAAUUGACAAUACCAACAGCAUAUAGGUUGUAAUUAUGAACAAGCCUGACAUACUUAUCAAAUUAAACCAAAUGACAGAUCUGCUGAAUGAUGGUCAUUUUGUAAAAACAAGAAUAAAUUCUGCAAACUUUUAUAUUGCCAUUAUGUCCUUCAGGUUUAUUUGUGAUGUGAAAGCUGUGCUUGUGGUUUUUAGACUUUUGUAUCAAAGUCAUAGAUCUCAACUAGGAAACUCGAAUAGAAAUAAGGCAGUAAAUCUAGGCUAGGUGUUUUACAGAAUACCGAACUGUUUUUUUUUUUUAAAUAAAUUUUUACUGAAAGCCACUUAAACAAUCCUCAAUAUACAUGCAAGUAAAGACUCAAAAGCAAAACACAAAUUUGGAACCGAUAAAACUUUUAUUUCACUUUAAAUUGUCGUUUACACUUUUCCUGAUUAUAACAUGUAAGGUGAAACUAGAACUGUUUAAAAGACAUACACAAAUCUAGUAUUACGUCAAUAACCAGGGUUGUACUAGGAUUUUUUUUUUCCAUUUUUAUUUUUUAUUUGGGACUCUCAAGCUACUCUAAAUUUUUUCACAACCACGUGCGCGCUAAAGCGAUAAAACCAUCACAGAAGCUAACUGGAGGCAGAAUACUGGUCAGUAAAAACAAAAGCGAUCUGAGAUACCAGAUAUACAGACAGGCUCGGCUCCACAUUCACUACUGUACGUUUUUUUUUUUUUCUCAAGCAUAGAAUAACUGUUUGUUCAGCUAUGGGGAGACGUGUUUUUACUUCAGUGCAUGAACAUUGUGUCUUCAGUUAGAGACAGGAGUUCUACACUGAAGUAGAAUGUUAAUGAUGUGACAAGGUAUUGUGACACUGAAUGAGAAGAUCUGGAAUACUCCCUUCACAUUCCUCUAGUUUCCUAAAAGAGCAAUAGUACCCUCUAUAAUUUGAACACAGUUGAACUGGAAGAGAAAAUUCAGGCAAAUGCAAAAUAUUUCAAAAACAGGUGAAAGCACAGUGGGUUUGUUCUCAUGG